AUGUCGACUAACCGGGAGUUUGACUGCAUAGUGAUCGGAGCCGGAGUCCAGGGCUCGUUCACGGCCUAUCAGCUGGCCAAAAAGAAGCAGAAGACUCUGCUGCUGGAGCAGUUUGUCCUGCCCCACACCCGAGGAAGCUCUCAUGGCCAGACCCGUAUCAUCCGCAAGGCCUAUGAGCAGGACUUCUACGUCAACAUGAUGGAGGAGACCUAUGAGCUAUGGGCUCAGCUGGAGAGGGAGGCGGGCGUCAAACUGUACAGACAAACAGGACUCCUGGUUAUGGGACCAGAGAAGAGUCACUAUUACGCACAAGUCAAGAACACCCUGCAGAAGAACAAGGUUCCUAUGGUCACCCUGACCCCUGACAACUUCAGCCAGCACAUCCCCCAUUUCAGACUGGCUGAGGGAGACGGAGCAGUAGUGGAAGUAACAGCUGGAAUUCUGUAUGCUGACCGUGCACUCAAAGCUGUACAGGCAGAGUUUCAGAAGUUGGGAGGAGUCCUGAGAGACAAUGAGAUGGUAACGGACAUCAAGCCUGGCCCUAUUGUCACAGUGUCAACAUCUGCUGGUGUUUAUCGAACCAAGAGACUGGUGAUCACCGCUGGACCCUGGGCGAACAGGCUGUUGGCCCACACAGGCUUACAGUUACCACUUGAGGUGGUGAAGAUCAAUGUAUGCUACUGGAAGGAGAAGGUUCCGGGGUCCUACGAUGUGAAGCGACGCUUUCCUUGCUUCAUACUCACUGAGAGUCAGGAGUCCAAAGAUCACAUCUAUGGCCUCCCAUCGAAUGAAUAUCCAGGGCUGAUGAAGGUAUGUUACCAUACAGGCAGCACGGCAGACCCAGACAACAGAGACCAGCAGAAGGACAGGUCCGAUAUUGACAUCCUCCAGCGUUGCAUUAAUCGCUGUUUGCCUGGCCUGGUCCCUGAACCUGCAGUGGUGGAGAGCUGCCUGUAUACGCUGACACCUGAUCGUCAUUUUGUGCUGGACUGCCACCCCACCUACAGCAACAUUGUGAUUGGAGCAGGUUUCUCAGGUCAUGGCUUCAAGUUUGGACCAAUCAUUGGCAAGCUUCUGUGCGAACUCAGCCUGGGAGAGGUGCCCUCUCAUGACCUUUCACCUUUCCGAAUCAGACGUUUUCAGGCGAUGACCAAGUCAGCUUUAUAGAGCUGGGACCGGAUACUGAAGAAGUCUUUCCUAAUUGUAGCAGUUAUUGUUGUAAUCUAGAACUAAACACAAUCACACAAUGAAUUAUACCUGCUGCUUUUUUUCAUUGUCACUUUUUGUUGCCAGUUAAAUUGUGUAAUUUGUUGUGUAGCUCUCAAGCAUCAUGACAUCAUUAAUUGUGUUCAUAUUAGCUGGCUUUCUGUUGUAAUCUGAUGUCUUUAAGAAAGAAAAAAUAACAUUUUAAGAAAUAGGUUAAUUGGUUCUCAAGAUGUGAGAGAGAUGAGAAAACUGACCAUGAAUGUCUGUGUGCAGCACAUACUGGGGGCUUAGCAUGAAAACUGAAGACAGUGGGAAAUGGUCAUCUUUGUCUGAAUUCUUUAAAAGAAUGUGGCUACCAGACAAUGUAACACACUGCAAAAAAAUGGGAAGUUGUGAAGUUUUGUGGUGAAACUAUUUUCGCACAGAGCACUACUUAAUUGUCUUUUAACACCUAUGCAUGUGCUGAACGAAAACUUAAGGCAAAAAAAAAUGUAUGAUUAUUAUGAUGCCAGGGCAGCAGGAUGACAGCAGAGAUAUUUCAUAUUGUAAGGUCUGGAUCUUAUCAUGUGAAGUGCCCUUGUUGGUAUUUGGUGCUAAAUAAACUAAAAAUGUACUGAACUGAAUUGUACGAUUGCAAUUUCAUGUUGCAACACAAUUUUGUGUUUAAAACAGAUAAAUCAAAGUACAAUAAACACUGACACGCAG